UGGAGAAUAUGGCUGCUAUAAUAUGUCAUCUACUUUGAUUAUUUUUCGCUUCAUUAGCAGCCUCUAUUUGUCAAAACUCUAACAAGAAUAUGCUUCAUUGAAUAUAAAUAUAUGAUUUGGAGAAGUUGGGUAUGACAGAAUUUGUUCAGUCUCUGUUACUGACAUUUUGAUUUUCUGCAGAAGCCAUGAAAGGUUGUGCGAAGCUUUUGGGCUUUAGAACACUAUCAGAGUAUAUUUUUUCUGUCCUGUCUCUGAUUUUCUACUUUUCGUCCCAAGGAGAAUCCUCCACUUUCAAUGAAAAGUUUGGUAUCUCAUGGGGAGAUGAUCACAUUAGGUUGUUAAAUAAUGGGCACACAGCCCAGCUCAGUCUGAACCAUUCUUCAGGUUCUGGUUUUGCAUCCAUAGAUAAGUACUUGUUUGGGAGUUUCAAGAUGAGAAUUAAACUGAUACCUGGGAAUUCAGCAGGAACAGUCACUGCAUAUUAUAUGUCAUCAGACACAUCAUCCCAUGAUGAAAUAGACUUUGAAUUCCUGGGAAACUUGGCAGGAAAGGGUUACCAUGUACAAACCAAUGUUUUUGCAAGUGGGGUUGGAAACUGAGAGCAAAGGAUAAAACUCUGGUUUGACCCAUCUGCAGUUUUCCAUAACUACUCAAUUCUUUGGAACCAAAAGCAAAUAGUAUUCUCUGUGGAUUCAAUACCCAUUCGGGUGUUCAUGAACAAUGAAAGAAUUGGGGUUCCAUAUCUGAAGAAUCAACCCAUGAAAGUCAUCUCCACCCUUUGGAAUGGAGAAGACUGGGCCACAGAUGGAGGAAAGGUGAAAAUAGAUUGGAGUAAAGCUCCUUUCAUUGCAAAUUAUCAGGGCUUUGAAGUGGAUGGGUGUGUGGCAUCUGCUUCAUCCAAGUCCUGUACAGGGCACUGGUGGGAUCAAUCUUUAUUUCAGGGUCUCAAUCGAAACCAGUUGAGAAAACUUCGAUGGGUUCAGCGAAAGUACAUGUUCUAUGAUUACUGCAAGGAUAAGUCAGGGAGGUUUUCCAGAGUUCCACCUGAAUGUGCAUUAAAUCCCUGAAAACCAUUGUUUCACAAUGUCUCUACAGUGGGGAUAUUGUACUGAUUCAUUCCAUGCUGUUGUAUAAUUAAAAUACUCCGCCUGUCUGAUCCUUCAACGAUCGAGUGAUGAAAAAUACGAUUUUAUUUGGAAAAAAACAAAUUUGAUUAUAUUUAUUGUAAAAUUUCAAGCUCCUUAAUGAAAAUUUUCAUCAAUUUUUUCUU